UCUAUGCAUCUUACAGCGUAUACAUUGCUCCUAAUUUCUGCAGCAUCAGCUUCUACUUGGCGACCAGGAUUCACCUUUGAGGAAAUGCUGAGGCAACUUGACUUCCAUGAUUCCGUUCCAAAUGUCGAGGAUAGACUGGAAUGGUUCGAGCAGAAGCUUGAUCAUUUCAAUCCAGCUUGCACGGAAACUUGGCCUCAGCGCUAUGCGGUGAGAAUGGACAACUACGACGAUAAUAAUUUGGUGUUCCUCUUCGUCGAAGGCUACGGCGCUGUUCGUACAAAAUGGCUGAAGCACGGACAUAUGAGUAGAAUGGCCGAGAAGUUCAGUGCUGCUGAAUUCAUAGUUGAGCAUAGAUUCUAUGGUGGAAGUAAACCCAAACCAAAUCCAUCCUUAGAAUCAUUAAAGUUUUUGAGCAGUGAGCAAGCAUUGGCCGAUCUUGCGCAUUUCAUCAAAGGAAUGAACACACUUCACGAUUUCAAAAAUCCAAAAUGGAUCGUAUUUGGAGGCGCCUAUGGAGGAUCACUGGCAGCUUGGCUCCGAUAUAAAUACCCUCAUUUGGUAUUUGCUGCUGUGACCUCCGGCAGUCCUUUACAGGCCAAAGUAGAUUUUUCAGAAUAUAUGCAAAAAGUUAGCGAUUCACUGGCUUUGGUGAAUCCACAAUGUGUUGACGCCAUAAAAGCCGCCAAUCAGAAACUCAUUGAUGGUAUGAGCAACGCAACAAAAAGAGAACACUACCGUGAGCUUUUUAGGCUUUGUGAGCCCCUUGAAUGGAAUGAGAAAGACAUUAUGACAUUUUUCAACAGUCUCAGGAUUGAUUAUACUCACGCCGUCCAGAGCCACCACAUCGGCAUGAACACGGACUCAGAUGCAGCGUAUAUUGACAUGAACACUAUGUGCAAUAUCAUGACCGAUGAAAGCAUUCAUUGUCCUGUCCACCGUUACGCCGAAGUGCACAAACUUCUUUUGGCUUCCUAUGGUGAGAAAUGUACGGAUCACAAAUACGAUGGGAUGGUGGAAUGGUUAAAGGAUACUUCAUAUGGUCCAGAAACCAAUUUCUGGCGACAAUUGUAUUACCAACAUUGCACAGAGUUUGGAUGGUUUCAAUCGUCGGGUGAAAAAAAUGAUACAUUCGGGGACCAGUUCCCGGCACAGUUUUUUAUUGACUUGUGCACUGAUGUGUACGGACCAAGCUUUGAUAGUGAGCACCUGAAUAAAUCCGCGGAGGAGACUAAUACCAACUACGGAGGUCUUUCACUGCCUGUAUCAAGAGUAGUGUUUAUUCAUGGAUCAAUAGAUCCCUGGUCUCCCCUUGGUAUCACGACAAACCCGCCGGAGGGGAGUUAUGCGAUCCUCAUUAAUGGAGUGGCCCACUGUGCAAGCAUGUUGCCUGAGACGCGAGAUGAUCCGCCUCAACUAAUUGAAGCCCGGAAGAAAACCGAAAAAAUCGUUGGAGAUUGGAUUAUGGGGAAGAAACAUCG